AUGCAUCCCGGGGCGCCCGGGCCACUGUGGCCACUGCCUUGGGGGGCCCUGGCUUGGGCUGUGGGCUUCGUGGGCUCCGUGGGCUCGGGGGACCCUGUGCCCGGUGGUGUCUGCUGGCUCCAGCAGGGCAGAGAGGCCAUCUGCAGCCUGGUGCUGAAGACCGACGUGAGCCAGGCUGAGUGCUGUGCCUCCGGCAGCAUCGAUACUGCCUGGUCCAACUUCACCUACCCAGGGAACAAGAUCAGCCUCCUGGGCUUCUUGGGCCUGGUCCACUGCCUCCCCUGCAAAGGUAAAGAUUCGUGCGAGGGCGUGGAGUGCGGUCCCGGCAAGGCGUGCCGCAUGCUGGGGGGCCGCCCGCACUGCGAGUGCGUGCACGACUGCGUGGAGCUCCCGGCGCGCCUGCAGGUCUGUGGCUCGGACGGCGCCACCUACCGUGACGAGUGUGAGCUGCGUGUGGCGCGCUGCCGCGGCCACCCGGACCUGCGUGUCAUGUAUAUGGGCCGCUGUCGCAAGUCGUGCGCGCACGUGGUAUGCCAGAGGCCUCAGACGUGCGUGGUGGACCAGACAGGCAGCGCCCACUGCGUGAUGUGCCGUGCAGCGCCCUGCCCUGCGCCCUCCGGCCCCGGCCAUGAGCUUUGCGGCAACAACAACAUCACCUACAUGUCGUCGUGCCAUCUCCGCCAGGCCACCUGCUUCCUGGGCCGCUCCAUUGGCGUGCGCCACCCGGGCAGCUGCGCAGCAGGCACCCCUGAGCCUUCAGAUGCUGAGUCGAAGGAAGAGGAGGAGAACUUCGUGUGACUUAAGGAUGGCCUGGGCCUGGCGUUCAAGGCCUCCGCCAUUUUAUUUAUUGCCAGAGCAAAGCCUAAUUUAUGUCCCAUGGACACUCCCCAGCCCCAGGACUGGACCACUUGGGGGAGCCCUGGACCCCUUCCCCAAACUGGUACCUCGGAGGGAUUGGGGGCAGAAGGCCUGGGAGCAGUGCUGGUAGGUGGGGCCUCUGCCCCAGACACUCAAGGGGACCCUGCUUAUGCUUCCUCCAGGAUUACUAGUAAUUAUGGCUGCCACCAGGAGGUCUGGGGAAUCUCUGCCAGCAAUUAAUGAAAAGUCACCCUGGCCUUCUAGAACAGGGACCAAGGGGUGAGGAGGGUGUCCACAGCCUGGGGAUGUGUGUAUACAUGAGCCUUGAAACAUGAUCCAGGUCCCCUGGCAGACCACAGACGCAACCUCUGUCCCUUACCAGCCCCUGAAUCCAGGGCUUCCCUUCCCUACUGCCUCCAUGUACCUGUGAAGGCCACUGAGAAAAGUCCAGCUUGUCCCCUGAUGAGGGAGGCACUGUCUGCCUCCUGACAUAGGCCUCAGCUCAGCAUCAGCUCAGAAGAGGGCGGGACCUGGUGGGGCCCAGGAGACCCUGCUUACCCACUGGCCCAGUUGGGCUAUACCUGCUAGGGUCCACUGCCCACCUGGCCUCCUGGAGCUACCUGUCUGAGAAGCACCUCUAGUGACUGCUGACCUGUCCACAGGUGAGGUCUAGACCCUGAAGCCUUUGGUCCCCAUGAGGCUCACCCUUGCCAGGCUUCUAGGCCGAGUACCUAGUUGCCCCCUCUUUGCCCACCAGUGAGGCUCAGGGGUCUUGACCAUGCCCAAUGCUAGCCUAGAGCCAAUUCCCUCCAUUCUAUCUGGGCUGUCACUUUGACACCUCUCUGUGCCUUCAUGUAGACCAGAGGCUCAGACCAGAUAUGGGGCAAGGAGCGCAGGGGGCAGUGUGCACACCCUCUCCCAGUCUCCAGGAAGUGCCUUACCUGUGACACCCAGAAAAGUACCCUUGAGUAGGUGAAUUUGCUCGAGUCCCCUAAUAAGGCAAUUUCCCCUGCCCUCGGGUCCUGCCUAACCAAAGAAAUAAAGAUUGUAAAAAGCCA